CACUCGGCCCACUCCACUCAUUCCUCAUUCGUUCAGUAGCUCGGAGCGAACACGCACGCGUCGCGUUUAAACGUACUAGCCGCGAUAACGUUUCGGACAAAAACAAUUGAACGUACAGAAAAGUGUCAAAGAAAAGUGAGACAGUGUUUUGUUUUGCCUGUUAUGUGACAGUAUGACAAGUGUGUUGAAGAAAUCAAAAGGCUCUAAAGGAAAAUCGGAAUCUAUGCAGGAGGAUCUGCCUGCCAGAUGGGGGGAAGACUCCCGGGGUGAGAAGACGGAAGAUGUGGCCAAGCUGGUCCGCUACAUCGACGAUAGCAUCGUCGGGAAAGGGAACUCUUUCUGUGGACCGUACGGCAGGAGGAAAGUGGUAUACUGCGACUACAGCGGCUCCGGGCGCUCCCUGUCAUGGCUGGAGGAGCACGUGGCCCAGAGCGUGCUGCCCACGCACGCCACGCAGUGCACCGCCUUCUCCUACACGUCGGGGCAGAGCGAGCUGUACAAAUCGGAGUCGAAAGCCGUGAUCCGCUCGGCAGUGAACGCCUGUCCGGAAGACGUGGUGAUCGUCGGAGGCGCCCUGCCGCGGCUGUUGCGGUCAUUGACCCUGGCCAGGGUGGCCGUCUUCGUGUCUUCACGGGAGACGGCGAGGCAACUGGCGCCGUGGACCGAGUGCGGUGCUGAGAUAAUCAAAGUCCCCGAAACAAAAGAAGGCUUCAUCGACCUGAACAACUUAGAACAGCGUCUCAUCCAGAACACUGGGUCAGGGAAGCGUCUAAUUGGCUUCUUUCCUGCGGCUUCCAAACUUACCGGCGUCUUAGCUGACGAUGUCGCCACCACUAUACUGCUCCACCAGUAUGGGGCUUGGGCGUUCUGGGACUACACGCUAGUGGCGCCCUCUGCUGCAGUGAACAUGAACCCGACUAUACCUGGUCUGGAUGAGCAGAUGGUGAAGAAAGAUGCUCUGUUCUUCAACUGUGAGAAGUUUGUCGGUGGCGUUCAAGGGCCGUAUGUAGCGGUUGUCAAGAAACAUGUGUUUGAAAGUAGCCCGGUGUUUGAAGCGGAUGUGGAUGCACUCAGUGAGAAGGUAGAAGACUGGCGCAGCGUGGACGGCGUGCGCGCGGCGCUGGUGUUGCAGCUUCGGGACUCCGUGGGGCUCGCCAACAUCGCGGAGCGGCAGGACAGCAUCACCAGACAAGUCCUGUCGCACAUCAAGAACAUUCCCGAGCUGAUCCUGCUGGGGAGCGAGUCUCCCAACGGCAGGAGGCUCCCGAUAUUCUCCCUCAUGGUGAAGCAUCCUCGAGGGACGUUCCUCCAUCAUAACUUCGUGUGUGCGAUCCUAAACGACGUGUUCGGGAUCCAGGCGAGGGGCGGUUUGAACAGUAAUCUGAACUACGGGCAGGAUAUUCUGGGGAUUGAUGAGAAACUGCUCAAGGAGUAUGAGAAGCUGUUGGAUGUUGAAGCACAAAAAGUAAUAGCCCAUACCAGAAAGAUCAGCGAUGCCAAAUCUCCAGACAUACCGAUUUACAACGAGCACCUCCGGCCGGGAUUCUGUCGCGUCUCGCUUCCAUUCUUCAUGUCCGAGGGAGAACUGGCAUUUGUUUUGGAAGCCCUUAAGAUGGUAGCAACCGAAGGCUGGAAGAUUUUGCCCCAAUACGUAGUCAACCCUAAGACAGGACAGUGGAGGCACCACAGUUGCUCCACACUCAAAGACAGAAAGUCUUUGUACUCAGUCAGAUUCCAUGACGGGAAGAUGACGGCGAAUGAAAGAAGAAUUUCUGGACCAGGCAUAUUCCCUCAAACGUACACGGAAUGUCUACAAACAGCACGAAACCUGUUCAAUAGAGCUAGAAAGUUGGCAAUGAAAUGCUCGACAGCCGAACCAGAAGUUAGCUUCAAUCCGCGCAUCGAUUACCUGAGAUGGUUCAUGUUGCCGAAAGAAGCGCAUGAACUUUUACUAGGACGAUCGGCGAAUGUCAAACAUAUUGUGCCAUUUGAUCCAUCCGGAUACACCGGUGCCAGAAAGAGUCUGCUAUUCUCCAGGUCUCACAUAACUUCGUCUCCUAUAUUAGGAUCAUCGCCACGGCACUUCAGUCUAUCAGCACUGGACGAUUGCCAAGUAUUUAGGCUUAAGCAGAAUCAAAAGUUUUACUCCAGAGAAUCUAGUGUUAAAGAGAUACACAGAGAAGAAACUUCACCAAAGAGCCCACCUGCGACGAACCCAGUCCAGUUCGCCAUCGGAGAUUCCGUGUCGCCCGUGCACCUGGACCCUCGGGCGAAAUCUAUGCCUUUAUUAGUCAGGUCUAGAUGCUACAGCCUGGGGUCGGAUAGUCCGCUAAUAAAGUUCAGUAUCCAGAACACGAUGAAGGAGGCAAGUCCGAGCAGCAUCAACGAGACUACGGCCAGUAGUUUCUGCAACUGCGGCAGUCAGACCGACUUGCAGUCUCUGGACGACCCCAUGAUGUCUCCUGGAAGAAUGUACCCGUACAGUACUCAGAGCAGCGCAUCCAUAUCGGACUGCAGCCAGGCCGGCCGCGCCUCCCCCACCACUUCAUUAACCUCACACAAUUCGGACGACAUUCACGCAUACGUCAAAGAGAUGACCAAAGAAAUAGCGACGGAGAUCAAGUCAGAAAUACGCGAAGUCAUCUCCAGAGUAGACGACAUUCUCGAGAAUUCUGAGGCGAUCGACCAGUCAAACUUAAGCAUUAACUCAAUAUCUAGUCAGAGCGACAGGAAUUCUGUCUCAGUCAUAGACGUGGCGGAGUAUCUGAUGGGGAUGUCCAGAGAAAUGGCUUCGGAAGUGAAGCACGAGAUACGGGAAAUGGUGAGUCAAGUGGACGAAAUGAUCUCCCCUGAGUACACAGGGUAUGGCUCCAGGAAGAAUUCGCCUCCUCAAUCGGCGAGGCGACGAAUAGGUUCGGGGACAGAACUGGGGCUGGAGUUGAACCGCCAGGCAGCGACUUUGAAGAAAUGUCCGACCAGCCCCGUGCUAUCUGGUAUUUACGACGACGCGGAUAGAUUAUGUAAAGCCUCGAAUGCGAAGCGGUCGCCUAUGCACGAGUCUUCGGGUCCGAAUAGCUUGUCGUUUAAUUCCAGUGAGACGUCGACUCCAGAAACGAUUAUUCAAAUGGUGACGUCAUCUUCGCACGGGUCGCCUACAGUGGCCAAGUCGUCUAGCUCCAACAAGUUGUCUGAUGAUGAGAUAUGUGCGGACCUGUCCUGCCGACAAUGCUGCAUAAAGAAGACCACAGGGAGCUCUCAAGACAGCGGUAUCAACCUCUCUUUCGGUGAGGCCGAUUCAUAUUUAGAUUUCGUAAAAUGGCGAACAUCCUCUGAUCCUCUGACAAAUAAGGCCAAGAAACUCCAGGGCAGGCUUCGAAUGUGCCAUAAGUAUGAGAAAAGCGAAGUGCCAGACAUUAUAGAAGGAGUGCCAGUGUGUGCCAGUGAACAUAAGAGACAGUAUACAAAGUUCGACUCUAGUAAUGACGGCGGAAGAGUCAAUUUCCAAAUACCAGAUGAGAGUGAGAAACACAGUAACCGUGUAACAACAUGCGACUGGAAACGCAACAGUAAUUCCUCUUCAAGCUGCUCGGAGCGGAGUUCUCGCUCCAGCGGGUACUCGACCGACAGUAGACCCUCCCGGGAGGAGCCCGAGGAACCGGACGAGCCAGAAUGCCAGCUGCUCAAGCACGAGUGCUGGGACGAGGAGCGGGACGACAGCAGCACGGACUCCCUGACAGACUUCACUAUAGACGACGAGGGCAAGUGGCACUGCCCGCCCAAGACGAUCUGGAAGAGCUGUGUUGAGGCGAUCCACGAGUACGGCAUGGUGCGGGCAGGCGACAAGGUGCUGGUGUGUCUGUCCGGCUCGCGGGAGUCCAUCGCGUUACUACACACAAUGCACCAGUACCAGUUCUACGGGCGUGCUAAAGGACUGCACUUCUCUAUAGGCGCGCUAUUCGUGCACGAGCCCCAAUCGGAAGUGGACCCCCUGCACCUGAUGGCGUACUGUCGCUCGCUCGGAGUACGCUUCCUGUACCAGGACCGACACGACGACACAGACUCACGCAGACACAGCACCUCAGUGGUCCCCCGCUGGGGCACGCACCUGGUCCGUCGCGGCGCGUACCGAGCGGCGGCGUCGCACGCGUACUCCACACUAGCCGUGGCGCAGACGUUGGACGCCGCCGCGCGCGCCUUCCUCGCGUCCGCCAUGCGCCGCCACGCGCUCGCCGCGCACAAGGCGCACGUGACACUUAGAGAACACAACCUCCGUGUAAUCCGGCCGUUCAUCUACGUCCGCGAGCGCGACCUGGCCGCGUUCGGGCGCGCUCUGCUGCCGGAGUUCCGCGGCGCGGCCGGGCGCGGGGAGGGUAGUCCGGAGCAUAGCGAUGAUGGGGAAUGCAAACCCUCCUCCCCCUCCAAGACCCACAAGGAUUACUCCUUCUCCUCCGACGAGUUCGCGUCGGCGCGGCACAUCCUGGCGGCGCAGGAGGCGCGCUACCCCGACCUGUUCGCGAGCCUCAAGUCCGCACUGCACCCGCUUAUUAGCUGUAGAGACAUUGAGCAAGAUCUGAAAGAGCAUAGACACCGGAAGAAGUCCGUGAUUCAAAUGAAGAACGGAGCGCCCGUGUACGACUCAGAAGAAGGAACCGACGAAGAGGCCGUGCCAUAGACAACCUAGACGCUACCAUAGACUACUACAACUAUUGUGAUUUUCAGUGAUCCUAGUGUUUUUUAUCGAUAAAACUGUGUCAGGGAAAAGCCUCCCUGUAACUUUCAUUUGUUAAGGUUUAUUUUCAGUCAUAGCAGAUGUAUUAGUUCUGAUUGGGGGCGUUUAUUUAAAAGGAUCUUAAUCACGUUAUAAUAAAUAUUUAUGAAAACAAAAUUAAUGUUGGUGUCCCAUAGUUUGAACUCCCUUUGCCAUCUCUCAGCAAAUCAGGAGUUAUAAAAUUAAGUUUUAUUUUUAUUUUUCGUUCUGUUAAGUUUUUGAGUGAUAGGUGUACUUUGUUUUUACGACUGGCUGUUUUCGAUUAAUUACGUUAGAUAUUUUUUUAUUUAAGUCUGCUGUGUGUUAGGUUGUGUUGUUUGAAACAAAGUGAAUUUAUUACAAUGUUAAAUACCUAUUUUGAGAUUUGACAAUGUUAUCGAUUUAGAUAUUAACAUAACUAGCUCAUGAGCUAACUGUUGGAAAGUGGAUGAGUAUAUUUUAAACCUAUGUCUACUUCUAUUGAUCAUGUUUUAAAUAUAUAAGAUGUGCUGUUUAAUCUAUGUUGUAAUUGUGAAAUGAAAAAACCAAUGUUCUAUUUUUCGUAGGGUGCUUAUGGGCUUGUUAAACCUUUCUCUUUCUGACAUAGGCCUCUUCUAGAGGGCGCCAUAUGAGUUUAUUCACGGUCUUGCUCAUCAGGAAACUAUGUACCGGGUACUUAAGUCCAUCUUUUAGUUUCGCACUUGAGUAAUUAAGAUAUUUAAGCUUGAACUUAAGUUUUCUUCAACGAAAAUUCAGCCAAUCACAGAGUUGCAUUCUAUAAUCGACUUCUGCUUAACAUGACUAUCAGGGGUCUAACUGGGCAUGACAGAACUUAAAAUACUGUGGGCUACUUUGAUUAGAAUUGGAAAGGUGUAAUAAACCGUAUUCAGAUAAAAUCUUAUUAUAUUCUUCUAUCUAGCUGUUGUUACAAUAUAUUGACAUUAUUUACUAUUAAUAAGCUGUUUACCUUUAAAAGUUUCACGUAGAAUACACUUACGUAGUGUGUUACGUAGAAAAUGUGUAAUGAUAUUGAUACAAUACAAUAAUUGUAUUUUAUAUGAGGUAUACCUACCUACUUAACUUAUAAUCGUUGUAAGUCUGAAAGUCUAAAGCAUGUCAAAUAACUACUAGGUACUGAUCGACUGGUCGUCCAUUAGCAAGGUCCCCUCGAUAUAAAGUUAUAUAUUUUAUGUGACUAGUAUUGAUUACCUAGCCGGUAGGUAUAAAGUGAAUUUUGUUACUCUUUCACCAUGAAAUAUGUACCUUUCAGGUAACUUUAUUUCCAAUCGCCCAUAGAAUGUAUUUACUAAAUUGUUAAAAAUGAAAGUUGGGUGGUAAUUUUUCUAGGGUGACUAUUGUUUGGUUUUACUGUAACGUGGCUUAGUUUUCAGAGAUGUCGUAUUUGCCCCAUGUAAAUACCUACCUAAGUACUUAUAUAUUUUUAUGAUGACUUUGGAUCAGGCUGUAGGUGUAGGUAUGCCAAACAAGUUUACUACAUUAAUGUUUUAAGCGGCGUUUCGUAGUAGCACGCCCUGCGAUUGGUCCAAUUUUGAUAAUCAAUCUGAGGCCACGCUAUUACAAAGCCGCUAAGGUAUUUCGCGUCGCCACCUCGUGGUUUAAGGUAUAGUGUACUCUGUGUCUCAUUUUUCGAAUAAUUUUGUACAAAAUAUGAUGCUUUUGAAGCUGAAUUACUUGAGUCCAGGCCAAGCCUGAAAUUUAUUUAAAACUUAAAGGGCGAAUGGCAUCAAUGUUUUAUCCAUGGUUUACCUAAAUCUCCACCUGUCAUUUUGUACACUGUGGUAUAAUGACAGCUGGGUACUUCUACCAUGGAUAGAUUAAAUAUAACCACAUGGUUAAACUUGUAAUGGUGACAUUCGCCCUAAGUAUUGUUUUUCAGGGCAAUAUCAGCAUUCAACAUGAGUGAUGUGAAUAUUAUGUGUGAUGAUUGUGUGUAUAUUUAAGACAAAAACUCAUUUAAAUGUGUAUGUUGAUAUUAGACUGAAUUAUUUUGAUAUUAGUUGUAAAUUAUGAUUUUAUAUCUUAUUGGAAAUUAUAUGAAAUAAACUUUUUGAUAUUUUUUAUGUUUCAUUUAUUUCUUAUGUCUUUUGUAUUUGACUCUGUGUUAAGUGUUAACACAGCGGAAUAAUAAUAUGAUUUAUUCCUAUUAUAGAUUUAAGAAACUAUCUAGUAAUGUAAGACACAAAGUACCAUUGCUUCCAUUAUUGUAUUCAUAUAUUAGCAUAGGUACAUUUCAUAUAUUAUUAUAUUUGUCGUAAAUAAAGAUGUUUUAUUUAAAAUAGAA